AUGUGCUCAAUAAAAAACCCCAGCCUGCUGAGAAAAACAUCCAAAAAGGAUAUUUUAAAUUUUUCACUCAGUAAGUUUGAUGAGGAGGCAAAACAGCGUAUACCACUUCUGCAGAGUGUGCUAAUGAGUGCUUCAGUUCGUAAGACCAAAACAAGAAGAACUGCCCUCUACUGGAUGCCUUCCAGCUUCUGAAUUCUCUAUUCGUACAGCAUUCAGGUUUAAUGGUAAGUUAACUCCAAUACAUGCCUGAAUUUAUUAUUUUAUGUCAUUUCAAUUGUUUGUUGUGAGUAAAUAUAACACAAAUAAAUGAAUGCCAUAAACAUUUUAACACAGUGUUUUUUACCAAUAUACCACUUGGAAAUUUAUUAACAAACAUGAGUAAAAUUUCAGUUUUUCCAUCAAUAUUAAUAAAUUGUCAAGUGGAAAGUACUGCUAAUAAAGAGAAGAUUGAGUUUACUUAAAUAGGGCAGUUGAACCCCUUCCUUUCCCCCAUCCAAAUACUUGCUAUUGUGAAAUUUAACUGCAACAAAUUCAUUUUUACUGCACUGAAACUUUUGAGGAGAUAGUGGGGUUUCACUGAAACUCGAUUCAAGAUUGAGUUUUGUGGGCUGCUGUAAAAGCCAUGAAAAAACUCUGCACAAGGAUGCAUUAGUCAGCCACCGUGGAGAUGGGUGGGGGGGGGGGUUGCUGUGGGGUAGGCUAUAGACAAAAUAAUUAUUAAUAAUAGUAAUAGAAGUUUGACAAUAACUAUAGUUUCUAUGACUAUGGCCUUAUAAAUUAUGUUGAGGUUUUUCUCAAAAUGCAGGACAUAGAAUAUUAAUAAACCAUAGAAAAUAAAAAACUGUCCGGGGGGGCUUCUAUUUCUUGUAUGACUUAUCCCCCCCCCCCUCCCACUCUCUAAUAUGCUCUGUUGGUAUUAAACUAGUAGGGGAGCAAACAAAUUGCAUUCAUUAUUAGCAUUUGAUUUUUUAAUGUUUUCAUUCUAGGCAACCCUUUGUCGACUUAGGAUUAAUCGACUAGCAGUGUCGCACACAUAUCUGUAUAAGAAACUGGAUGAAUAUGGGAAAAACCAUCAUCAAAAUAUCCUUACUCAAGUGGCUAAGGACAGAGAAAGGAUGAAAGAAAUGAAGCUUCAUAAAGAUGGGAAUCCAAGUGCUGUACCAGCCACAUGCCAAGCUCGAGAAACAGCAAGAAAGAUUGUAUUUGAUACUUUUGAUUUUAAGCAACUUGUUCAUCACAUGACAGAAGAUCACCAGAGCAUAGACAACCACUGGGUCACUCAUGUAUCUGUGGAGAACAGAGUAUCUGGCAACCAGCAGAAAAAUCAGAAACAAAGAGCCUGCUUAAAGAUUGAAAAUGCUAAGUUGCUUCCCAACAAAAUUGAACAUAUACUUCAAAGGGACAAUUAUAGCUCCCUUGUUUCCAGAAUCUUGGUAGAUAAUAUACCAUGUCUGGAUUUCCUAAAUGAAUGCGCAUCCAGACACAUCAAGCAUGCAUACACUUCAGAAAUGAUGAAAAAAACAGAAAAUGUAAGUAUGUGCUCUAUGAGACUAUCAACCCUCCCUAAGUGGCAAAGCACCAUGAUGUGCCCUACUUUAUUAUUUUACUCUGUCUAAUGCCAGAUUAUUUCACUCUGUCUAACACCAGACGAUUUUACUUAUCAAGGGGGGAGUGCUGACACUCAAUGGGUUAACCAGUCUGACCAUGCAUCCUGUUAACCCUUUAAGUGGCAAUGCACCCUAAUACGCCCAACUUAUUCUUUUAAUCUGUCUAACUCCAGACAAUUUUAUUCAUCAAGGGGAGAGUGCUUCCACUCAAUGGGUUAAAAUCUGUCUAAUGCUUUUGUUGAUAUGGUCGAGCAGUUUACAAAUUAGAAGGGAGUAUUUUUUAUUUUGAGAAGUCGUUGCUCAGUUGAUUAAGUUCUGACAUAAAAAUCCUGUCUUUUGUUUCUGGCAGACCCUAUUUUUACAGUCACCUGUCACUGUUAUUGUUAAACCUUAUAAAUUUGAGAUGUUUUUAUGUUGUGACACUUUUUGACAGCUAAUCACAAUCAUAGCCUUUUGGAUGACUGAUGUCAAGGAAAAAAGAGUUUGUGGCAGGGGCAUAGGUGCUUGGAAGCAGUUCACAAGUAUGUUCCAAAUAUCGACAAUGAUAACAUGAAGGAAUAUCCAAUUAGCCAAGGUCUUGCAGGGGAUCAGUUGUCUGUUGAGAGGGGAGCAAACCAACUUCAAGUGGCAAAUGGGCUUACACCUCAAGAGAGAAAUGAAGGUCUACACCUAGAAAUUGCUGAUUUUCAUGCACAGAUGAAAUUUGUACAGGUUAUUACCAUGUGAUAUUAUGUAUAAACCCAUUUUGGAAACCAGUGAUGGACAGUUCACAAAAUACUUAAGUCGAGCAGCGAACUUUUUUCGUAUUAAUUAAAUGCAAUAUACAGUAUGCUAGAGUUAUAAACCGAGAAGGAGGUUUUAAUGAAUUUUUCUCAAAUUUUCACAGGACAUAGCUACAGACGUCAGUUUCAAAAUUGUGUUCGGCUUUUUUCUAAUUUUGGAUAUUUUAAUAAUAACGAGCAAUUCACUCAAACGAUUCAGAAAUAUAUUGCAGUCGUCAAAGAAAUUGCCAUAUCAGCGGAAUGACGAAAUAAACAAAAAUUUCCGAACACAAUUUUUUAGAACAACUAUUUUACCGUAUAAAAAUUAUAUUUUCAUAAAUAUAUCUUAAAACCAGCAGGAACAUAACUCAAAAGCAUAAAGGUACCACAAUUUAAGAUUUUCCUGAAUAAUUCUUAUAUUAUUUCAUUGUUUGUCAAUUUUACAACUUUACCAUAUUUUGCAUGCACUGAAGAACAUUUGGUGAAAAGUUGAUGAAAAUCGGACUGAUAUUGAGCGCGCUGUGGCGAUUUUCCGCAAAACGCCCAAAAGGGUGUCCUGUAACCUUAAUUAAAAUCUCCCCUUGAUAGUAUGUAUAGUCUACAUUUCAACUAGAUUAUGCUGACUACAAUCUAGUCGAAACAUAGAUUAUAAAAAAUCAAAAUGUUAUUCAAAGUUAGAUUAUUUUGUGAUUAUUAUGUUUUCUUUUAGGUUGCAUUUGAUCACUUCUAUGAUCCUGGUGCUGCUGUAGACAAAUGCACCUUAUUUGCCGACAAAGUUUUGAUAGAUAGGCGCAACGUUGUUCAAGAGGUGAAGAAGAAUUUUAGUGCUUGCAAGCCAUUUUUCAAUUUGGAAAUUGAUGCAUGAAUAAUUGCUGCAGCAUUAAAUUUACUGGGGCUACAAUCAUUAUUAGAAGGCAUACCUGACGAGUCUGCUCUACCAGCAGCUAUGAAAGAAGCUUCACUUCAAACCCGAAAGGCAUUUCUAAAAGAUCUGUGCUUUCAAGUUGUCGACAAGUUUGUUCUUCAAGAAGAUGAAAUGAACCAAUUAAUAAGCAAAUUAGAAAAGGAAAAGGAAGAUGUCGGAAUGCUACCAAAUGGUCGCUUCCCUUGCCGAUAUCCUAGUUGUAAAAAAUCAUUUGCUCGUGAUGGUAAGGCUAGAGAGGAUCAUGAGAAGACACAUGGGCUGGAAAGAGAUCAUUUGAUGACCGCAAUUGAAACAACACAAAGAGAUGACAUGCUUAAAGGGUAUGGGCAACAAAAAUUGCUUCAUCUAUCUUAUUGCUUCGUCUGAAAGAGUAUGAAAAAAUAAGCCGAUUGGCCGUUUAAUGCUCUAUUCUAUCUCAUCUAGUUCCGAAGUUAUAUGCAAAAAUGUGCAAAAUAUAAAUUGCUGAUUCAGCACAACGUGUGACGUCAUUAGCUGGGUAAGUAUGUUUAUUGAAUACUACACUGAAGCAUAGCUCAGUUAUUAUGCGUCCAAAUCAAAUGAAAUUUUGGAUACUGAUUGUACAUGAUGAGACGCAUGGAAAAACACUUCUAAUUUUGUUGCCAAGGUAACAAUGUCGUUCCCAGGCCCCUUUGCGCCAAUUUUAUAAAACAGCUUUAUUCAAGGUACUGAUAAAAAUAAAAUAAUAUCAUAAGUAUGUGUACGAUACCUAUGCAUGCUGAAAGUUUACUUGCAUGAUAAUAAUUCGAAAAUGACAUACACAUAGAGAAAUGCAACUAGUUAUUCAAAAUCAGUGUAAGGGGCCUGGGAACGACUGUGUUGCCUUGACAACGAAAUUAGAAGUAUUUUCCCAUGCGUCUCAUCAUGUACCAUCUGUAUGCAAAAUUUCAUUUGAUUUGAGCCAAUAAUAACUCAGCUAUGCUUUAGUUUACUAUUCAAUAAACAUACUUAACCAGCUUAUGAUGUCACACAUUGUGCUGAAUCAGCAAUUUAUAUUUUGCACAUUUUUGCGUAUAACUUCGGAACCAGAUGAGAUAGAAUAGAGCAGUAAACGGCCAAUCGGCUUAUUUUUUCCUGCUCUUUCAGAUGAAGCAAUAAAAUCAAUAAAAAUUUUUGUUGGCCAUAUCCUUUAAUUAUCAGUAUGCUCUUGUAGAGUAUGGAAUGUUGUUUUGCAACUUUUCAGAUGCUGUAUCAGAAGGUGAUGGGCAAAGGAUUAUUCGGUGUUGGAAAUUCUUUCUAAUGUUUCUGAAAGGGGAUGCUCAGAGAAGCAGUAGUAUGCAUUAG